ACAUCUCGUAUCAAAAUCUUUUUACUUUUUUCGUAUGACCCUUGAAAUUUUGAACUGCUUAUAGAAAAGGGUAAUUCUAAUAGACCAGUGACCUCAUUUUCCGCCGAAUCUUAGACUAAGUUUCAGCAUAACCUUCAAAGUAGGUUGUCGUCGGCAAAAUAUUUGCCAGCACGAAGCCCUUGUAGGAAAAUAGGAAUAAGUUAGCUUGCGCAUGAAAAAUUCUGCUUUUUCUUUUUCCCAACUAGCAGCUCCUGCUGCUCUUAGGCCUCGAGUACUGCUUGAAAUAAAGACGCGCAACUUCUCCUUCCUUCAAGCUCAGAUCUCUCCGCCUCGUCCAUCAAUCAUGGCUACCAUCUUCAGAUCUCUGCAUGGGGAGGGCAACGCUGCGUUACCCAUCUCGCAGAGGGAGCAAAAGACGGCAGACGGUGGUGGCCUCAGAAAGAGAAUCAUCUCCCUCUGCCAGAUGUACCCCUCUGACUCGAGAUCUUCUGAUGCAGCCACUAGUUCCUUCUCUUGGUCUGUCAGGAGAUCCAAGUCCAUGUCUGCCAUUGGAGAUGCGGCUGGGAGCUCCCUGAGGAGGUGGUGGCAGUGGGGAUGGGGUUGGUUUUCCUCCAAGAAGGAUGGGUUCUUCAGGGAUCUUGAGACCAACGAAGGGGACGCCAUGUUGGGCUAUGGACACAGAUCAGGUUGGGGUCACGUCUUCAAUGUGGUGAGGGCUCAGAUCAAGAAAUUGAUGGUCUCCAACCCUCCGAUUCAGAGGUUUCAGUAUGAUUCCUUCAACUACGCCAAGAACUUCGACGACGGAUCCAGGAAGGAAGGUUAGGUUGGGGAUCUUUUCGUUGUCUCCUUUUCUCGAAUAAAUCGUUUACAUCUCAUGAAGACAAAAUUAAGCUGUAUUCUGUCCUUCCAUGGAUGUCUAAUGGCUUGUAAGUAUUGUUUGUCUCUAUUUUUUCGUUGAAGGAUGAAUUGAUAUUAGCGGGUGACAAAUUGGCCUUCAAGAGAACAUCAGUUAGGAGCCUGGAUGUGGCUCUUGGUGUCAUCUAUGGAGAUUUGAAAGCCAAUUCAUUUGCUUGAUUUGAUGUGAAAAGGUCAUUCAUGCCUUUGGCUAUUGGGAUAAGUAAUUGUAUUAGUUGUCUCUUCUAAAUACUGUGUAGAAUUCGGGAAGAUUUUGGUAAUUAUUUAAAAGGUGAACGGCUGUCUUGGUAGUUUGAUCUCCUUCCUUUCUUCUUUGUCCAAGACUGUAUUUUUUUCAUUUGUGUAUGUAAUUGCUGGUGGAUCAUUAAUUUGUAAUUUAUAGUGGAUGGUUUAAUUUUAUUCA